GUGGGUGUGCAGACUGGUGAGCUGCCAGCCGUGGCCCAGACGCGCCAGGCCUGGAGAUGGCUGGAAACUGCUCCUGGGAGGCCCAUCCCGGCAACAGGAACAAGGGAGCCCUGAGCAGUGGGAACAGAAACCAGCCUUUUGGGGGGAGAUGCUGGAUGUGGGAAGAGGAGUGACCGUUCUCCGGGCAGGCAGCCUUUGCCUCUGGGAGGAAAGGUCGGAGAGGACUGCCGGAGAGCUGAAGCCAGCCUGUAGAUAGAUGGGUUGUUUGGCCCGCACAGCGUGUUUAAAUGUUAACAUUUAAAGAUCGGGUGUUCCACAUUCCAGUCUACAGUUCAGGCUUCUCCAGGGAGCAGGGGAGGAUGAUCAGCCACUCCAGCGCACCCAAUCCCUGGCCCCCACCGGCUGGAGCACAGCAGGCUGCCCGUUCGUUCAAGAGACAGGCUCUCGGGUUUGCCACUGUGCUCCCUCUCACCUGUUCCUUGCACCUGGCCCACCUGCAUGUAUUUAUACACAAGCCCUGAGGGCAGGACUGAUACUCAGCUGGGAUGCACUCUUACAGCCACACCAACAGUUAAAGUAUUGAAAUGCUUCCCUGCAGCUUGAUAAAUAGCUGCUGCCUCUCCUCCACCCCAGGGACCCCCUGGACUUUCCCACAAUCUGGAAACCCCAGGGGCAACCCUGGCUCAUCAGGGAGCCACCUCCCAUCCCACUAGAGGACAGAGUCCGGCUCCAGGGAAGGCCAAGAUCCACUCGUUUUUGUUUUUUUUUAAAUGUAACUUACAAGUGAUUUUAUUUCUUCAAAUAGUUUCAUGUUUUUUGAAACAUUGCAAGAUUUUGCAAGAAUAGUACAAUGCCCACUACUUCACCUCAGCUCAGUCAUCGUUAACCCUUCACCACAAGUGCUUUCUCUCUAUCUCUUGGCAGAUAGGCUUUUUUUCCCAGAACGAUUUGAAAGUAAAUUGCAAGGCUGGGUGCGGUGGCUCACGCCUGUAAUCCCAGCACUUUGGGAGGCCAAGAGGGGCGGAUCACCUGAGGUCAAGAGAUCGAGACCAGUCUGGCCAACAUGGUGAAACCCCAUCUCUACUAAAAAUACAAAAAUUAGUCAGGCAUGGCGGUGCGUGCCUGUAGUCCCAGCUACUCGGGAGCCUGAGGCAGGAUAAUUGCUUGAACCUGGGAGGCGGAGGCUGUAGUGAGCCAAGAUCGCGCCACUGCACUCUAGCCUGACAAAGCAAGACUCUGUCUCAAAAACAAACAAACAAAAAUACAUUGCAGACACCAAGCCCUUGAUGCCCAAAUAGCCUGUGUCUUCUAAGAACAAGGACGUUCCCCAUAGCCACAUAGUGAAAAUAUGCGUAGCCACAGUACAUUGUCACAUUCAAAAGCUGCAACAGCGAUGCAAUGCCAUUAUCUCUGCACCGUCCAUACUCACAUUUCCCCAGUGGUCCCAACGAUAUCCUUUCCAGCAGUUGUUGAGAUCCAGUGUAUAAUCCAGGAUUCUAACACUGUGUUUAGGAGUCAUGUCUCUUUGCUCUUCUUAAAAAUGGAAAGGCUCAGCCUGGCGCGGUGACUCACGUCUAUAUUCCCAGCACUUUGGGAGGCAGGUGGAUCACUUCAGGUCAGGAGUUCAAGACCAUCCUGGCCAACAUGGCAAAGCCCCGUCUCUACUGAAAAUACAAAAAUUAGCCGGGCGUGGUGCCGCGUGCCCGUAGUCCCAGCUGCUCAGGAGGCUGAGGCAGGAGAAUCGCUUGAACCGGGGAGGCAGAGGUUGCAGUGAGCCGAGAUCGCGCCACUGCACGCUCCAGCCUGGCGACAGAGUGAGACUCUGUCUCAAAAAAAAAAAAAAGGAAAGGCUCUGCAGUUUUUUGCGCAACUUGGACGUUUUUUGGACAGUCUACUCUGACCGGUGGGCAGCCUGGCACCCUUCCUGGGCACUGUCUGGUGCCACCUCCACUCCUAUAGGCACCAUUCUGUGCUGCUAGCUGUAGACUCUGGGACAGAGAGUGAACAUCAGGUGAGGUCAGGGGCGUUUGAGGAUAGAGUUGCAGCCAGUUAGCUGCUCCACAGCCACUGCCCUACAGACCCCCUCCCUGCUCCAAGUCCCUAAUUGGGACCCCCCCCCCCCAACGCUGGGCCCCAGAUGCAGGUCUGUGGGUGGGGGCCAGCCGGCAUCACAGGUGUCCCUCUCUGCACCUGUGCAGAUGUGCCCCGGCAUGAGCGAGGCCCCGGAACUCUACAGCCGGGGCUUCCUGACCAUCCAGCAGAUCACGAUGCUGCCGCCUCCGGCCGUCAUGAACUACAUCUUCCUGCUCCUCUGCCUGUGUGGCCUGGUGGGCAACGGGCUGGUCCUCUGGUUUUUCGGCUUCUCCAUCAAGAGGAACCCCUUCUCCAUCUACUUCCUGCACCUGGCCAGCGCCGAUGUGGGCUACCUCUUCAGCAAGGCGGUGUUCUCCAUCCUGAACACUGGGGGCUUCCUGGGCACGUUUGCCGACUACAUCCGCAGCGUGUGCCGGGUCCUGGGGCUCUGCAUGUUCCUCACCGGCGUGAGCCUCCUGCCGGCCGUCAGCACCGAGCGCUGCGCCUCGGUCAUCUUCCCCGCCUGGUACUGGCGCCGGCGGCCCAAGCGCCUGUCGGCCGUGGUGUGCGCCCUGCUGUGGGUCCUGUCCCUCCUGGUCACCUGCCUGCACAACUACUUCUGCGUGUUCCUGGGCCGCGGGGCCCCCGGCGCGGCCUGCAGGCACAUGGACAUCUUCCUGGGCAUCCUCCUGUUCCUGCUCUGCUGCCCGCUCAUGGUGCUUCCCUGCCUGGCCCUCAUCCUGCACGUGGAGUGCCGGGCCCGACGGCGCCAGCGCUCUGCCAAGCUCAACCACGUCAUCCUGGCCAUGGUCUCCGUCUUCCUGGUGUCCUCCAUCUACUUAGGGAUCGAUUGGUUCCUCUUCUGGGUCUUCCAGAUCCCGGCCCCCUUCCCCGAGUACGUCACUGACCUGUGCAUCUGCAUCAACAGCAGCGCCAAGCCCAUCGUCUACUUCCUGGCCGGGAGGGACAAGUCGCAGCGGCUGUGGGAGCCGCUCAGGGUGGUCUUCCAGCGGGCCCUGCGGGACGGCGCUGAGCUGGGGGAGGCCGGGGGCAGCACGCCCAACACAGUCACCAUGGAGAUGCAGUGUCCCCCCGGGAACGCCUCCUGAGACUCCAGCGCCUGGAGGAGGCAGGGGCAGGAAGCGGCCUCCAAGACCCUUCGCCUUGGGACAGGAAUGGGCACCUGCUUCUGAGUCCAUACAGGAGAAGAAAGAUCUGUUUCCUCUCCUCGGGCCUCCUUCUCCCUGGGCUGGGGGCUGCAGGGGUGGCUGGGAGACUGGGCAGCCACCUGCAAAUAGACCCUGUGGCCCCUGCCCGGCUCCCCCACCCAUUCUGCUCCCCUAGAGACCUCUUGUACAGAAGUUGCCCCCAAGUGGUGCGGCCCCUCCUUGCCCCAGGCUGGUCGGUAAAAGAGAGGAGGUCGUCACCCAGCCCAGCCACCUCUGCCUCUUGUGCCAGCCCUCCUUGACCGUGUCCCAGCCAGCACCAGGCCAGCAGCCUCAUUCCUGCCAUUCAGGGCUGUUCUGGAGAUUCGAUCCUCUCAAGGCAUUAUCAGUGAGCAAAUUUGAAGGAAAUGGUGUCUGGAAAAAGGUUCUGGUUCACAUGCCUUGUAGUUAAGUCUUCCUGCAAACAACUUCCCUUCCCCCCGUCGAGUCAUUUGGUGACUUUGAUGGGGGGAUUUCUGGUUAUGUCAAGGCUCUGGAAACAGGAAGGGCCUUUGGCCACCUUGGGUAGUUGACCUGCCUUUUCUGACUCUGGGACGAGCCAGUCCUAGGCUGCCUCCAGGAGCACUCGAGGUAUCCCGCAGGCCAUGAGGACCUGCUGGGCAGCUCCUGGACAGCCUCUUGGCUCCAGCUCCCACCCGAAAGUGGACACUGGCUCUGCCCUGGCCACCUGGGGACUGGCACUGUGGUGCACAGUGGCCCAAUGUAGCCAACGGAAGUUUUAUAAAAGACAAAAUGUAUAUCAAUAAACAUUUUAUAGCUUGCA